AUUUUUUAUAGACACACCACAAUCACAACAACAUCAUCAACACAACACAAGAAGAAAAAAGAGAAAGAAAAACAAAAAACCGAAAGAAGUUAAUUUAGCGUGAAAAUGGAAAACCAAACUUCAUCAUCAUCAUCGAUGCAGUUUCUCAUCCUUGAACAAGUUCAAUUCGUGAAAGUGAAUGAUGAUUCUCUUCUUCAAUGGGAACUUGUUGAUGUUGUUGACGCUGAAGAACAAUCAGAAGAAGAAGAAAGGGUUGAUGAUGAUGGUGAUUCUUUCAUUUCUUGGUCAGAUUCUUCUAGAAUCGGUGACCCGAUUGAACUAUUAACCCAUCGCCGUAUUCAUCUCGAUGACCCAGUUGAAAAUCACCAUCAUCACCAUGUUGGGUACAGUGAAGAACAAGUUAACCAUGAUGAUGAUGAUGAUGAUGAUGAUGAAAGUGAAGAUGAUGGUGAUGAUGAUUUGGAUGAUGAGCUUGUUCCAUGGGAUAUAGGGAACAAGUUAGGGAGACAAAGAAUGAGGAAAUUGGGUAAAAGGGUUUCUUCAAAAAUGAAUAAUUCGAAGAGGUCUCCUAUUCUUUUUGUGAGGCCUGGCUGUGUUCGUGGUAAACAUGGGAUGGGGCUUAAACACUGUUUUUAAGUUCUAAUUAGGGAUGUUAAUUUGGGUUGGUUGGUUAGUUUAACUGUUAGGGUUUGUUGAAAUUUAAUCAAAUGUGGAUUUGAUGAUGUAUUGAUCACUUUGUUGUAUGUGGUCACUAUCUUGCAAUUGAAAAUUGAAUGUUGUAUAUGUUAAUGUUAAUGAAAAUUUCUUUCUUUUCGAGAGAACCA